AUGUCGUCUACUCCACUAUCAUUUGAUGAAACAGAACCAACAACAAAAACAAAUAAUACAUGCCAAGUAUGUGGAGACAAUGCGUCAAUUAUUAAUUAUGGAGCAUUAACUUGUUUAUCAUGUCGAACAUUUUUUCGUCGAAAUGGUUUUCAUACUAAAGAAGUUGCAUCAUGUCGAUUUAAUGGUCAUUGUGAAAUUACUGUUUCAACAAGAAAACAUUGUACAGCAUGUCGCUUUACUAAAUGUCUAGCCGUAGGCAUGAGUCCUGAAUUAAUUAGAAAAGAAGAUUUAAGUGGAAAAAAACGUAAAUGUUCUAAAUCAUUUAGUCAAGAACUUGUUGAAUAUCAACGAAUAAUGACUAUACCACCACCAUCUGUAUUAGAUCAAACAUCUGGUGUUUUACAUUCAAAUUUAACUAGUUCAGAAAGGAAUCUUAUUUCUAAUAUUAUACAUGCAUUUGAUACAUUUAGUCCAAUAAGUGAAACACGACAUACAAUUGAAAUAAUCAAUACAUCAGCAUCUAGUCUUCAUUUUGAUUUAUCACGAUCACUUCAAAUGAUAUCAUCAUUCUUAAAAUCUAUACGAUCAUUUAUUAGUUCAACACCUGAUUUUAAAAUUCUAACGACAUCAGAACAAUGGUCUCUUUUUCAACGUAAUAUGCUUGGUCUUUUAUCUAUUGGUGGAAUGUAUUUUAUGCGUGAAUCUGGUAUAUUUGAUAAACCUGAAAAUGAAAUGGCUAUUAUACCAUUAUAUGGUAAUGAAGUUGUUGAACAAGUUAAAACUAUUAGUGCACAAUUCAAUUGUGAUCCAACACUUAUUAAACUUGUACUUGUUGCACUUGCAUUUUCUUCAAAUUGUUAUACAAAACAAACUCGAAGAAAUAUUGAUAAAGAUAGUUUAUUAUUAGGUACAUUUCGUUUAUUUGGUAGUCAAAAUGUUUAUGUUGAACUUAUAUGGAAAUAUUUAAUUCAUCGAUAUACUUAUGAUGAAUCGGUUAGACAUUUUUCUACAUUUAUUCAACGACUUCUUGAUGCACUUAAAUUAUCAAUUGAAAUUUAUGAAAAUAAUCCAAUAUUUCAAACAUUUAUUGAUGAUAAUGCUGAACAAAUUGAACAAUCUUCAACAACAGAUGACAAAACAAUUGUUCCAUUAUGGGGAAAAAAGUGA